AUGACAUUCGAAUCACAAGUACGUUCGAUGAUUAAGGGUUGGCUUACACCUGUUUUACUUAAUUUUUUUAGGCACAACAUUUCGUUGAAAAACAUUGGUGCCGAAUCUAAGUCCGUUUCUCCACAUAUGACCAGUUCUUGGAAUGAAACAACUUUACCAACAAUUCUGUCAAACUAUAAGCUGGAAGAUGCUUUCAAUGCUGACGAGUUCGGUCUUUUCUACCAAUGUCUCCCAGAUAAAACCUAUCACUUCAAAGGAGAAAAGUGUUCCGGGGGGAAGAAAAGCAAAGUCAGGUUUACCAGAAUGGCUGCAGCAAGUGCGAAAGGAGAAAAAUUGCCUAUGUUCGUGAUCGGAAAGUCGAAAAGUCCGCGAUGUUUUAAGAAUAUCAAGCAUCUUCCUACCCAGUAUACAUCGCAAAAAAAGAGCUGGAUGAGCAGCGAAAUCUUCGAAGAGUGGGUACGUAAAGUCGACCGAAAAUUCCGGGUAGAUGGUCGAAAAAUUGCUCUCAUUAUCGACAACUGCCCUGCUCAUCCAACGUUGUCCAAUUUGACCAACGUGCAGCUUGUCUUUCUGCCACCAAAUACGACGUCUAUCUUGCAACCAAUGGACCAAGGUGUCAUUCGAAGCCUCAAAGCGUAUUAUCGCGGAAAGGUUGUACGUCUGAUUUCCAGAGCUCUCGAAGAAAAAAAGCCUUGUCCAAAGAUAUCAAUUCUGCAAGGAAUGAAGUUACUGGCAGAUUCUUGGGAACUCGUAUCCAAAGAAACCAAUGUAAACUGUUUUAGGAAGGCUGAUAUCACUCCUGAUGGUCAACAGGCUGCCAAUGAUGAUUCUGAUGACCCGUUUAAAGAUCUUCAAGAAAGCUUGAAUAAAUUGAGGAAAGCAGAAUCAUCAAUGGUGCCGAAUGAUGUCACCGCCACUGCUUUAGUGAGCUUGGACGACGACGUCAUUGCAACAGCCCCUGAGAUGAAUGAAGAUGAUAUCGUGAGCAGGCUGAAGAACCAAGAAAACGAAGAGGAAGAAAGUGGUGAUGAAGAGAUCCAAGAGAUGUUUGACCCUGUGGCGGAAAAGCCUUCGAGAUCUGCGACUGAAUCAGCUUUAGAAGUUUUGAAAGAUGCUGCCAUGUCCAGUGACAAAAGUGGACAAAUGAAAAGAGCGAUCUUUUAUUUUAAACGGCUUUAUGAAAGUGAUCGAGCGGAAUCCUGUAUCGAAUUAGAAAUUUCUGAUUGUAAAAUCUUUUGA